AUGGCGUUGUUUGGGCUGACGGGCAACCGGCGAGAAUUAAAGCCAACGAAGCGCCAUGUAUUCUUAUUUUUCAUCAUUCUUUUUAGUAUUCUUGUACCGCCAUUAGCGGUAUUUAUUCGUUUUGGCAUAUGCUUUGACUUCUUCGUGAACAUUCUUCUGACUGUCGCAGGAUAUAUCCCUGGUCAUCUUCACAACUUUUUUAUUCAACGUGUUCGCGACAACUCACGUCGCCCGGAUCGCACCCCGAAAUGGCUGAAGCGCGCUGGUCUGGUGGAUGAUACCCGUGGUGGCAGCUCGAAUAGGCAGUGGGCCGACCGCUAUAUCAAUACUAGUCGUCCCACACAAUACGAUGACGAGGGACGUGCAUAUUAUUUGUAUGAAGACGAUGAUGAUGAGACAGUAGAAAUGUCGGAUCCUCAUGCACUCGUUGAGCCUGACCGAUUUAUCAAUGAUGGUCCAUCGCGGCACAGAAGCGCUAUUCGGCCCAAGGCAUCUGCGUCCUCAUUGAUGCAACAAUCAACAUACGAUACAAUGCCAUCAAGCACCAAAAACCAUUCAAUCAAGUCCCGCACGAUGAGGUUCUUUGGUCUUCGUUCUGGUCCACCUAGGACACAAAGCAAUGCACGCGAUGAUCCCCUGACUCGCCGUUACAUGGAAGGACGCUCUACCUUCGAUUAUGAUGACGAGGAUUGGCCACCUAUGGAUCGAGAGCUACAACGGCGCACAGCACGCGAUGCUAAUGACCCAGAGUAUGAUGACUGGGAUCGCGAAUUGAUGGGUCUCUCGACGCGGUCCAAUUAUCCACCUGUGCGUGCGAGUCGCCGUGCAGCAUCAAACGCGCCUGCGGCGCCGAAAGCCACAGAGAUCGACGAUGAACCAACUCGCGAUAUCCUGGAAUACGAGCACACAUUCUAG